GAAUGCUCACCACUGGGAAUGCGUGGUGCGUUCAGCUUUUUGGGUGAAAUCGGUUACGGUUUCAUGUGUGUUCUCGGUUUGGUGUUGGGAAUGCGAUCGGUAUUGGGCCAUUCACUACCUCUACUUCUUGGCGUUUCAAUCAUCCCACAAGUUUUCUUCGUCAUUUUCCUUCUCUUCAUUCCGGAAACACCAAAAUUCCUAAUGAUCACUCGGUUAGCACUAUUUGAAUUACUGUAA